AUGGGCGGUGAGGACGAGUUUUAUGUUCGUUAUUACACUGGUCACAUGGGACGUUAUGGUCAUGAAUUUCUUGAAUUUGAGUUUCGUGCCGAUGGACGAUGUCGUUAUGCAAAUAACUCAAAUUAUAGAAAUGAUAGUUUGAUAAGAAAAGAGAUGUAUGUAAGUCCUUUAAUGAUGAAAGAAUUGAAACGGAUUAUUCAAGAAAGUGAGGUCAUGAAAGAAGACGAUUCGCGAUGGCCAAAAAAAAAUGUUGUUGGACGACAAGAACUUGAAAUUCGGUUAGGCAACGAACAUAUUUCAUUUGAGACUGCAAAAAUUGGAUCGCUUGUAGAUGUACAAGAAAGUGAAGAUCCUGAAGGAUUACGCGUAUUUUAUUAUUUAGUGCAAGAUCUUAAAUGUCUAGUGUUUUCUCUUAUUGGAUUACAUUUUAAG